GCUCGCGCCGCAAUUUCUUCAUUCAGCGUUCGACGGAGCUCACGACAGGUGAACGUCAAACUCAGCCCUCUACAGAAUACUUACAAAAAUCUUAAAUCUGUCUAAGAAUAUACAGUAAAAAUUUUACAAGGAUCUGCCUAGGGCUUCAUAUUUUUUUAACUGUGAACUUUGUGUUAAAAAUCAAAGAAAAUGCAGCUCAACGAUCAUUGGCGCAAAAUUGUUAAAAUAUUUAUUUUUGCUUUUCUUUGCACGGAAAUGCAAACAACUUUUACUCAACGCGAUUUGGCCGCUCAGCGUGGCAUUAGCCUGUCCGAAAUGGAGGCUAUCUCCGGCGAUCACGGAUUCGGGAAUACGAAAAUGAGCGCCCCCUACCAGGCAUCCAUCAGACUAGCGGCCCAGGAGCGGCUCUACUUCGGCAAGGGGCACAUCUGCUCGGGUGCUUUGGUGGCUCCCUCCGUGGUCCUUACCGUUGGAAGUUGUAUUUUCAGUCAAAAGAAGAGAAACUACUACCAUCCUUCGGAGCUUCGGGUAAUGCUGGGAAAUCCCCAAAGAUUUGCUCCUAAUGAACAGGGAUUGGUUGUGGGAGUUACUCACAUUUACCAGCCGCCCCAGGACCUGGCCCUGGCCAUACUGAUGCUGGAGAAGGACGUCCCACAGGAUCAUCCUCUCAUCCAGCCCGUGGGCCUGCCCUCGCCCGGUGAGACUUCUGUCCUGGAUUCCUCCGAUGCUUCGCAGUCGCUGCUCCAGAUAAGCAGCUGGGGCUACGACUCCCAGAUCCGGGAACUCCAUGACCUGGUGACCCUGAAUGCCACACACACCGUCUGCCCCAAUACGGGAUCGCCGAGGAGGAUCUGCGUCCAAACGGAGGCCACGGGAGGCGCUCCAUCCCUGUACAUGGAUGCCGGAGCUACUCUGACGGAGAGGGAUCGCCUCCUGGGACUGAGGAGUCUCGACGGUGGCUUCGAGGAUGUGGCCAGUCACGUCGACUGGAUUCUGGCCAAGAUCGGCGAUGGCAGUAACCAGAAUAGUUCCGUUUGGGGGGCACUGGGUUUCCUUGUUUUUACUGGCUAUGUCCUGAUGGUCAGCAGGAAGACUUUUUCCACCUAAAAGGGGGUACUAUCAAGGGGGUCUUGGGGGGUUCUAGCCAAGUAAGAUAACUAAUUGUGAUAUUCUCAAAGCCAGUCUAAAAUUUGUCAAGAGAUUUGGUAGCUUUAAGGUGUUUUUUUUGUUGCAUUUAUAAGAAGAGGUUCUAAAAAUAAUAUAAAAUUGGAAAAAAUCA